GCAGGCCUUUCCUCUUUUGCCGUCUACCAGGACCCACAGGAUCACGAACCCUUGUCGCCGUCCGACAUGUAUGAGGAGGGCGACUCUUUUCACUCGGAGCGCUCAUUCCCCAACGACGUGGUGCACACCAUCGAGCUCCAGCAGCAGCAGCAGCAGCAGCAACAGCAGCACCCGCACCACCAGGAACCCGACGACGAGCCCCUGCCCUACCGCAGCUCGUACACGGCGCGCCCCGGCUCCCAGCCACGCAUGUCGUCGCACUACAGCUUCGCCUCGGCCAUUCCCUCGGAAUCGUCAAUAUCCUCAAAGCCCAUUCUGCCUGCCAAUGAGGCCGGUGCCCGCGCUCGCAAGGAGCGACCGCGCUUACGAAACUCUGAUUCUGCUCGCGCAAUGCACAUGUCGUCGCCUCCGCCUCUGCUAGCCCACCAGUCCUCGCACGAGCGGCUAAAGGCCUCCUACAAACUCACUACGCCGAGCAGAAACGGAGGCGCGGAGACACCGGGCUCACGACACUCUGGCUCGAGAAGAAGGAGCAUACGCGAACCCCACAGCCCACGCCCAAUGCCCAUGCCACAGCAAGCUCCGCUCGUGCUGCUGCACGUAACCAUCCUGCCCAUGCAGCUGCCCUACUCGCACGACAUCAUGGCACGGAUCAUGCCCGAUUGGCUGGUUGAGAACUACAAGCUGCUAGAGGAGAAGCUGCAGGAUAUCAUCCUGAUGCGGCGCGGUCUCCUGAUUCCGCACCCGAGAGACGAGUAUGACCUGCUCGAGGAACGCAUUCUCGAGAGCCUGGAGCUCAAGACGCCCCGCUUGCUUCCGUGUGGACACUUUGUCCCGCCCGAGGAUGACGACGACAGGGAGGAUGACGACGACACGGCAAGCCUUGGCGACGAGAACACUGGACGCGGUAGCAGGAUGAGCGGAGGCACACUUACCGAGGGUAGCAAUACAUCUGCCAACGGCGACCACAGCAUGUGCAUCGACUGCCACCGCCAACUCAAAAAGCCAGGCAAGGGCAUUGGUGCUGGCACACGGAAAUGGGACAUCAAGAUCUACGCCGCCAACGGCCUGAUGCGUGCUGCGGCGUGGGGUGCGUGCUGGAACGACAUGGAACGGUGCGACGUUGAGAUCCACCCGUGGAUCCCAGAGGAGGUCCGCAAGACGUUGGAAGCACGAGCACGUGAGGAACUCGAUGCAGACAAGCGCAAGCAGCAGUACACUGUGGAACUUCAACGCCAAAUACAAGAAGCCGCUGCCAAGGCCAAGAUCCUGGAAGAGGAGACGAAUGAGAAGAAGCGCCAAGAAGAAGCUGAGCUGCAAAAGAGCUUCGAGGAGGCGGCUGCAGCGCUGCGACGUAGCAUCGACGAAAAGGCUGCCGAGAAGAAGCGCUUUGAGGAAGACCUUGAGGCCAAGCUGCAUGAAGCCAAAGAAGCAGUUCGUCUAGAGGUGGAAGCCAAGGCGCUGGCUAAAUCCGAUGCCGUUGCUGAGCGCCUCCGUGCUCUGGAAGAAACUCUCAGGGAGAAGGAAAGGGUUGAGGCUGCCUCCCGUCCACGCCCAUCCUCCGAGGUUCCCCUCGGCACCCUUCUCAGGAACUACGUCCUCGUCCUGCUGGGCGACAAGCGCAACCUGAUUAUUCUUUUCCUCACUGCUGCCGUCAUAUACUUGACCAUGAGUAUGCACGCGAUACAGCAAGAGGCUUCUACCGCACAGAUGCUCCAGUUGCCCACUGACAUUGUCGUUGCCCCGGCAAUGCCAAAUGCGGUUACGGCGACUAUGACGGCGACAUCCUACUCGACCCUUACCGUCACUGAGUCUCAGACUGCCAUCAGCAUGCAGGAGACUCCUGCUAUUGCCGCGCCUGCGCCUGUCGCUGAGAUUGAGGGCAAGGCUGAAGUCCAAGUUGAGACUGAGGUCCAGGUUGAGACUGAGGCCCAAGUUGACGUUGAAGCCCAAGUCGCUCCCGUUGAGACUGUUCUCAAAGCCGAAGAAGCACUGCCAACAAGCCGUGCAGUAGAGCUUUUCGACGCUGCAAAGCAAGCUGCACCCAUGGCUCAGGAGCCCCUCAACAAGACUCCUCUUGCAUCCCAAGACACGUCAUGCGCUCUGGCACCUGUCCUCGUUGAGGCUCCACUCUCCUACUGCGCAGUCAGCCAAUACUAACUGCCUGGUCAAGCGGUGAACAAUCUUUUCGUUUUUCCUAUGUAUUUUUUUUCUUCUUUUCCUGCUCAAUCAUCUCAGCAAAUACCACGUCAUACCAUACCAUGCCAUGUUUAUGAAGUAAUGUAGCGAAUCGCAUAUAACCUCGCAUAGUACCGAGCCGGCAUAGCGAAUACGGCGUUUUUAUAGGGAGUUGGAGAAAUGUUUUCCUUUUUUUUUUGCUGCCUUCACUGGCAGCUGAUGUUGAUGUUGUUGAUGCUGAUGUUAUAUGACGCCGAC